CAUGACCACCAUGACGACGACCACCACGAAGACCAUCAGCAUGACCACCACGAUGACCAUGGCCUCCAUGACGACCACCACGACCACCACCAUGAGGAUCACCAUCAUGAAGACCACCAUAAUGACCAUCAACAUGAAGUGCACCAUGAGGACGACCACCAUGCCGACCAUCAACAUGAAGUGCACCAUGAGGACGACCACCAUGCCGACCAUCAACAUGAAGUGCACCAUGAGGACGACCACCAUGACGACCAUUCGCAUGAAAUGCACCAUAAGGACGACCACCAUGACGACCAUCAACAUGAAGUGCACCAUGAUGACGACCACCAUGCCGACCAUCAACAUGAAGAGCACCAUGAGGACGACCACCAUGCCGACCAUCAACAUGAAGUGCACCAUGAGGACGACCACCAUGACGACCAUCCGCAUGAAGAGCACCAUAAGGACGACCACCAUGACGACCAUCAACAUGAAGUGCACCAUGAGGACGACCACCAUGCCGACCAUCAACAUGAAUGCACCAUGAGGACGACCACCAUGCCGACCAUCAACAUGAAGUGCACCAUGAGGACGACCACCAUGACGACCAUCAACAUGAAAUGCACCAUAAGGACGACCACCAUGACGACCAUCAACAUGAAGAGCACCAUGAGGACGACCACCAUGCCGACCAUCAACAUGAAGAGCACCAUGAGGACGACCACCAUGCCGACCAUCAACAUGAAAUGCACCAUGAGGACGACCACCAUGACGACCAUCAACAUGAAGUGCACCAUGAGGACGACCACCAUGCCGACCAUCAACAUGGCACCAUAA